AUGACGAAGCCAAUCACGGUCUGGUUGACACCUCCCGGCCCAAACUCAUGGAAGGUCAUCACUGUCAUGAAAGAACUGGGAGUGCCCUAUGAGAUUCACUCGUUUAGAUUCGAAGACGUGAAGAAGCCGCCAUUCACCAACCUUAACCCCAACGGGCGCGUUCCAGCGAUUGUCGAUCCUAACACCGACUUGGUCCUUUGGGAGUCAGGUGCCAUACUGCAGUAUCUUGAGGAGGUCUACGAUACCAAGCACAAGCUUACCUACACCUCCCUAAAGGAGAAACAUCAGUUGAAUCAGUGGCUUCACUUUCAGAUGAGUGGACAAGGCCCUUACUUCGGGCAAUGUGGAUGGUUCAACGUGCUCCACCCCGAGAACCUGCCUUCUGCCAUCGAACGGUAUGUCAAUGAGGUCCACCGCAUUUUGGGGGUCCUGAAUACCGCACUGGAAGGCCGGACAUGGCUUGUCGGCGAUAAAUGCACUUUUGCCGACUUGGCCUUCUUGCCUUGGAAUUCCAGACUGAAUAACACGCUGCUGACCCCGGAGGGUGAGGAUCCUCUGGCGCCGUACCCGAAUGUGCAGGCGUGGCAGAGGCGUAUGGAAUCGCGCGAGUCAUGGCAGGAGGCUAUUCGGGAAAGGGAAAAGCUUAUGGAAGAACAGGGGUUAACUGUCAUUGGAAUGCCCAAGGGGGUUAAUAACAUCAAGGAAUUUGAGGAGGUGAUGGCGAAAGAGGCCGAGGGGCAGUGA